CUAACAAGUGCCACUUGUCACGGUGGAGUCGAAAUUCGUCCAUCCGAUUGCGGCGCUCCAAGCACGGUAAUUGCUUUUUCCGUUUAUUUUUCAAAAAAUUGCUUAGAAAGUGUAAAACAUAAUGUCUGGGAAAUCGAAAGCCUUCACGAAGGAAGAAGAGCUGCUGCUUCAGGAUUUCUCGAGGAAUGUGUCGACAAAAUCGUCUGCACUCUUCUACGGUAAUGGCCUCAUCGUUUCGUCGAUUCCCAUCUGGCUCUUUUGGAGAAUCCACCUAAUUGAUGUUUAUUCAAACUUGAUUUCCUUUUUGUUGGUUACUCUUGUCAGCACGUACGCCCUGGCCUUUGCAUACAAGAAUACAAAAUAUGUUUUAAAGCAUAAGAUUGCUGUGAAAAGGGAGGAUGCAGUUACUAGAGAAAUGAGCCGUAAACUUGGGGAAGAUAAGAAAAUGAGCCGGAAAGAAAAAGACGAAAGGAUCUUGUGGAAGAAGAACGAGGUUGCCGACUACGAAGCUACGACUUUCUCCAUUUUCUACAACAAUGCCUUAUUCUUAGCCAUCGUUAUUAUCUCCUCGUUUUACAUUCUAAAAACAAUGACACCAGCUGUAAACUACGUAUUUUCCGUCGGAACUGCUAGUGCUCUUCUGGCCCUCUUAUCGACUGGAUCGCAAUAAUGACAUUAAUCUGUAAUUUCUUCUAUUUGUAAUAGAUUUUGUUAAGUUAU